AUGACACUGAUGGAGAACAGGACAGAGGUGACACAGUUCCUCCUGCUGGGACUGACCGAUGACCCACACCUGCAGGUUCCCCUCUUCAUCACACUCCUUGUCAUGUACACCAUCACUGUGGCUGGGAACCUGGGAAUGAUCCUGCUGAUCCUCCUGGAUCCUCAUCUGCACACUCCCAUGUACUAUUUCCUGGGUAACCUGUCUCUGGUGGACUUUGGAUACUCCUCGGCUGUCACUCCCAUGGUCAUGGCUGGGCUGCUUACAAGAGACCAGAUCAUAUCGUACAAUUCCUGUGCCUCUCAGAUGUUCUUUUUUGUAGCCUUUGCUACUGUGGAGAGUUUCCUCUUGGCUUCCAUGGCCUAUGACCGCUAUGCAGCAGUGUGCAAGCCCUUGCACUACACCACCAACAUGACCACAAAUGUGUGUUCUUGUCUCAUCACUGGCUCCUAUAUCUGUGGCUUCCUGAAUGCCUCCAUCCACAUUGGGGACACAUUCAGACUCUCUUUCUGUAAAAACAAUGUGGUCCAUCAUUUUUUCUGUGAUAUUCCAGCAGUCAUGGUUCUCUCCUGCUCUGAUAGACAUGUGAGUGAGCUUGUUCUUGUUUAUGUUGUAGGUUUUAAUAUCUUUUUUGCUCUCCUUGUUAUCUUAUUAUCCUACAUUUUCAUUUUUGGCACCCUCCUGUGGAUGCGCUCAGGUGCUGGAUAUAAGAAGGCUCUGUCCACCUGUGCCUCUCACUUCACAGCUGUCUCUAUCUUCUAUGGGACAGUCAUUUUCAUGUACCUGCAGCCCAGCUCCAGUCACUCCAUGGACAUGGACAAAAUUUCAUCUGUAUUUUACACCAUGGUGAUCCCCAUGCUGAAUCCACUGGUCUAUAGCCUCAGGAACAAGGAGGUCAAGAAUGCAUUCACAAAAAUUAUUUUGCGGCAAUAUCAUUAA